CAUGAUUAAACGACCAAUUGAAACUUAAAAAGAAAGCAAUAAGAAUCACAGCUACAACUACAAAAAAAUAAAACAACAAACAUAUAUAUAUAUAUAUAUAUAUAUAUAAUAUAUAUAUUUCAAACAAAAUAAAAUAAAAAGACAGAAGGGGAAUAGUAUCUACUGAAAAUCACCUUCUCCACCACACCCAACAGCAAAUUAAUUGAUGAUAUAACUGAAUGUGUAAACCCAACGCCACUCACAGCUAGUCAAGCCCCCAAACCAGCUGAAUCUGCCAAAUGUUAAAAACAAUGGCUGUACCCUUUCUUCUCCUGGUCAUUAUGCUGCAUUAUGGCAAUGCAGCUGAAGAAACAGUCAUCACAUGUUCCGCUGAAGCCAAUAACACUUGUGAUCUUCAUGCAACGUGCAAAGUUUUAUCCGAUGGUUCAUUUAAGUGUGUGUGUCCUGCUGGAGUUGUUAGCGGCGAUGGCCUCAAAGGCGAAAAUAAUACCGGAUGUAUAUUUGUAAAUUGGGAAUAUUCCUGUGAAGAAGACCCAGAGAGAUGCCAUGACGAAUUGGGCUCCUGCGAUGAUGACUACUUUUGUAAUUGCAAAGACGGUUACAAGGGAGAUGCUGUAACAGAGUGCAUUGAUAUUGACGAAUGUGCAUCGGACGCCUUGAACCUGUGUGACGUCAAUGCCAACUGCACAAACAUCCCUGGUUCCUACAACUGUUCUUGUAACCACGAAUACGAGGGGGAUGGUUUCACUUGUAAAAAAACAGAGACGAACCAAAGUUCGGGUCUCGAAACAGAGACCACAUGUUCCAUUGAAGCCAAUAACACUUGUGAUUCUCAUGCAACGUGCAAAGUUUUAUCCGAUGGUUCAUUUAAGUGUGUGUGCCCUAGUGAAGCUGUUGGCGGCGAUGCCCUCAAAGGCGAAAAUAAUACCGGAUGUAUAUUUGAAACAGUGAUCACAUGUUCCGCUGAAGCCAAUAACACUUGUGAUAUUCAUGCAACGUGCAAAGUUUUAUCCGAUGGUUCAUUUAAGUGUGUGUGCCCUGCUGGAGUUGUUAGCGGCGAUGGCCUCAAAGGCGAAAAUAAUACCGGAUGUAUAUUUGUAAAUUGGGAAUAUUCCUGUGAAGAAGGCCCAGAGAGAUGCCAUGACGAAUUGGGCUUCUGUGAUGAUGACUACUUUUGUAAUUGCAAAGAGGGUUACAAGGGAGAUGCUGUAACAGAGUGCAUUGAUAUUGACGAAUGUGCAUCGGACGCCUUGAACCUGUGUGACGUCAAUGCCAACUGUACAAACAUUCCUGGUUCCUACAACUGUUCUUGUAACCACGAAUACGAGGGGGAUGGUUUCACUUGCAAAAAAACAGAGACGAACCAAAGUUUAGGUCUCGAAACAGAGACCACAUGUUCCAUUGAAGCCAAUAACACUUGUGAUUCUCAUGCAACGUGCACAGUUUUAUCCGAUGGUUCAUUUAAGUGUGUGUGCCCUAGUGAAGCUGUUGGCGGCGAUGGCCUCAAAGGCGAAAAUAAUACCGGAUGUAUAUUUGAAAACGAGAUCACAUGUUCUGUUCAAGCCAAUGACACUUGUGAUACUUCUGCAACGUGCAAAGUUUUAUCCGAUGGUUCAUUUAAAUGUGUGUGUCCCAGUGGAACUGUUAACGGCGAUGGCCUCAAAGGCGAAAACAAUACUGGAUGUAUAUUUGUAAAUUGGGAAUAUUCCUGUGAAGAAGGCCCAGAGAGAUGCCAUGACGAAUUGGGCUUCUGUGAUGAUGACUACUUUUGUAAUUGCAAAGAGGGUUACAAGGGAGAUGCUGUAACAGAGUGCAUUGAUAUUGACGAAUGUGCAUCGGACGCCUUGAAUCUGUGUGACGUCAAUGCCAAAUGUACAAACAUCCCUGGUUCCUACAACUGUUCUUGUAACCACGAAUACAAGGGGGAUGGUUUCACUUGCAAAAAAACGGGUCUCACAUGUUCGUUCCAUGCCGAUUUCACUUGCCAUCCUCGUGCAACGUGUGAAGAUUUGCCUGAUGGCUCCUUUAGGUGCAUAUGUCCUAAGGACUCUAUUGGCGGUGAUGGAUUCAGAGGCGAAAACCAUACCGGGUGCAUAUUUGAAAAUGAAAAAGUUUCGUGUUUGGAAAACAGCACAUGUCAUAAAGAAUUUGGCUUCUGUAGUGAGGCAAACCUUUGUGAGUGUAUGCAAGGCUACAAGGGAGAUGGUGUAAUUGUGUGUAAUGAUAUUAAUGAAUGUCUAUCGGAGGCCACGAAUCUAUGUGACGUCAAUGCUAGAUGUAUAAACAUCCCUGGUAUCUACAACUGUUCUUGUAACGAAGGUUACAAGGGCGAUGGUUUCAUCUGCAAUAAAACAUGUAUUGAUGACAGAAACUGUGCGAAUAACAGUUUUUGCAAUAUGGAUACUCAGCGAUGCCAAUGCCAACCUGGUUUCAGAGAAAGUGGAGAACUUUGUAUCGACAUCAAUGAAUGUGAAGAAGUCCAUGAUUGUCAUGAGAAGGCCAACUGUACCAAUCUGGAAGGAUCUUACAACUGUACCUGCUUUCCAGGACUAAAUGGCAAUGGCAUUAAUUGUACAUCAACACCAGCUGACUGCCAAGCUAUACUGGACAAAGAUAACAGCAGUGUAACAGGUCAUUAUUUGAUAGACCCCGAUAAUGUUGGACCAAUACAAGCAUUUGAGGUCUACUGCAUCAUGGAUGGAGACCUUGGCAUUACAGUUAUUGAAACCGAUUUUUACCAACAGGUUACUGUUGGUACUUUCAAUGUGACUUACAAUUUUGAAAUUGAGGUCGUAAAGAAAAUUGUUGAGAUUUCUGUAUUUUGCUACCAAACUAUGAUGUACACCUGCAAUGCGGAACACUCUAUGUUUGAUGGAUCGUUUUACUGGACAGACGGUAAUGGAGAAAAACAGUACACCUGGGCUGGAGGUGAUGACGAUUAUAAGUGCUCCUGCGGUGUGAUUGGCAUGUGUUACGACAAAUCAAAAGGUUGUAACUGUGAAAAUAACGAUCUGCAAGAAACUGAUAAAGGCAAGAUUAUUGAUAAAACCCUCUUACCAAUUUCAAGUUUUACCAGGACGUCAGAUCCCAGCAGCUACGCUCAAAUCACUUUCGGAAACAUUAAAUGUUCUUCCAGACAGUUUGAUAUCCCAAAGGAUUGUCACGAAAUGAAGUAUACACAAUUCGAGUCAGUUAACGUCAGUGCGUACAUUGACACCGACGGGGCGCUGGGUGAAUUCCCUCCUACUUUGGUGUAUUGUGACAUGACAUCAGAAAAUCACGUCGGAAUUACAAUUGUUCCCAACGACUGGAUUACCAUAACGGAAGUUGUAACACUUAAUUUCAGCAUCACCUAUCAUAUGCAACAGGAAAUGAUUGUAUCGUUAAUCAAUUCAUCGCUUUUUUGCAUGCAGGAUAUGUCAUAUAUAUGUGAGAAUUCCCCACUUAUGUUAGAUAAUAAAACCUUUUGGAGUGGCCGUGAUGACAAUGUCUACAGCUACUGGCCAGGAGCAAUGGGUGUUGAUGGAAUGUGUGGGUGUGGAAUUCUGAAAUCUUGUGACGAAGAAGAGGCUAACUGCAACUGUGAUAUAUUAGACGGCAAACAAAGAGAGGACUUCGGUACAAUAAUUGAUAAAACCAGCCUUCCAAUAAAUAGAUUAUCAUUCACCCCAAAACGAGCAGGCGGCAAAGCGAGCGAUGUCAGAGUAGGCGGUCUCAGAUGUUCACAGCAUCAAUUUGGAAUAAAGCCAUCUUGCAACGAGUACCGAAAUAGCGGGUCUGAAAAAUCCUAUACAUAUCUAAUUGAUGUUGAUGGUUACCAAGGUACGUUGCAACCGUUUCCGGUCUUUUGUCUGAUGGUCGUUGAACCCCCGUAUGGAUCGACAAUUGUUCACCACCACCUGACUGAUAUAACUACUACAAUUGAAUUCACUUACAUUUACGCCUCUUUCACUCAACUGACAAAACUAAUCGCAAACUCAGCCUACUGUUCCCAAACAUUUACUUAUCACUGUUCUGAAGCCCCAUUUACUUCAGGAAACAAGAUUUAUGGCCCAGGCGAAAGCGUGUUGGAUGGUCUAAGUUGUGAUUGCCAUUCGGAUGGAAGUUGCUUAAAAGAUGAAAAAUGCAACUGCGAUGCAAACUCUGUCAACGCAACUAAAACAUCAGAUAGUGUAACAAUUUCAACUAAAGCAUACAUUCCUAUUACCAAGAUAGAAAUGAGUAACCUAACCACGGGGAAGUAUGCCCGGUUUGAUGUAGAACCUCUUAUCUGUCUGAAUAUUUUGAAAAGCUGCUAUGAUAUUAUGGUCCACUUUCGCAUUUAUGGCAAUAACCCGUUGAUGAGACAAUAUUACACGAUCGAUCCGGAUGGCUACAGCAAUCACCCACCAUUUAUGGUUUUCUGCAACUUUGUUGUGACGGAAGUACCGAACUCUGUGACAGAGACAGACGGAGGAAACGGUACGACAUGUUUCAAUGCCAAAUAUUCGCAUGAUGUAACUCCUGAACAAAUUACGGCUUUGGUUAAAUAUUCAUCAUAUUGUACUCAAUAUGUUAAUUACCAAUGCUACCGGAAUCCUGGAACUGAUCAUAUUCACUACGAAACAUGUGAUGGAAAAACAUAUCAUGAUAUGACUGGUUUGUCUUCAGAAAGCAUGUGUGGCUGUGGAUUACGUGGAAGCUGUGAGGGUGGACUAUCACAUAAAUGUAACUGCGAUUCUGAAGCUAAUAAGUGGCUUUCAGAUAGUUCUUACAUUCACAACAAGUCUCGUCUAGCUGUCUGUAAAGUUUGUGUCAAGAAGAAGUCUUACGACAGUGCCAACGUUCAACAGAGAGUCAAUGUUAAUAUUUACACUCUAUAUUGUUCGAGACGCUAUCUCUCUCACCAACUGACAUGUCAAUAUCACAGAAACAGCCGAGUAUCCUCUUCCGGGGAAUUUUUCCUGUUAUCUACGGAUACCGGAAUACAAGUUCCUGUCUACUGCGAGAUGAUUCAUAAUCCCCCGACAGGAAUUACGGUUGUCUAUCCACGUGAUCCCAUAAUUGAAAUCUCUGUGAAUGGAACUGAUAUUGAGAUACCUUACUUCACGAUUGAUAUGGAUCUCAUCAUCGAAAUCAUCUCAAAAUCUUACUACUGUACCCAGGAGUUAACGAUAUUUUGCAACACUUCCAAACUAGUGUUAAAGAAUGAGUUCGGAUGGUAUUCUCGAGACGGAGUAGUCCAGCACUAUUGGCCUGCCGAGAAAGGUGGCGUUGGAUGUGGAGGAGAUAAUUGUAACUGUAAAAUAGAAAAUGGCGAAAACCAAGAGGAUUUCGGAGUUAUCAUAGAUAAAACUCUUCUUCCAGUAAGCAGAAUAAAACUCGGGCCUUCAGAAGGCAGCCGUAAAAUACUGAUUGGUCCUCUCAAGUGUUACGACGUCUACAGGGACUGCCAAGACAUCAAAGAACACUACAUGAAUAAAAAUCCUUUGAGCAAUGACGUCUAUCCUAUUGACCCAGACGGCGCUGGUGGCGAACAUCUGUUUGCGGCUACUUGUAAUUUUACCGACCGUUAUGUUGCUGUCACAGAGGUGACACAUGCAAUAACCGAAUUUACCACAGUGACUCUCACGACAGGAGUGAAUAUCACACUUAAUUAUACAUUAUCAACUGUGGAUCAAAUUAAAGCACUCGUCAACUAUUCUAACUUCUGUCACCAGGAUGUGGAAUACCAAUGUCAAAAUACCGCUUUGAUUAAUAAUGGAACCGACUCUUUUGGUUACCUGGUUUCUUACGACGGGACAAAAAUGGAUCGUUUUGGUAUUGGUUACUCUGAUGACGGUAUUGGCUGUGCAUGCAUGGUGACUGGCACUUGUCCUGACAAACAUACAUGUGAAUGUGAUGCAAAAUCUUCUGACUUGAAGUGGGAUGGAGGUGUUGUGGUCGAGAAACAAUAUCUUCCUUUAACAGAGGCCGUUUUUAUUCCAACUACGGAGACAAAUCAAAAUGCUAAAAUAUCCAUAAGUUCCAUAAAAUGUUCUUCAAAACCAAUUUAUUUUCCGAUCAAUUGUGUUGAUGCCUACAAGAGAGGAAUGAAGACUGGUUCAAUAUUUAUCCAACCAUCAGACGAAGUUAAACCAUUUUUUGUUUACUGUGACAUGGAAUUCAUCUCGGAAACCGGUGUGACGAUUAUCCGUAAUGAAUUUGAGACCACUACUACAAUUACCGGUAAAACAACAGAAGUGAUUUAUUACAAUGUCACAUACGUUCAGAUCGAAGCAUUGAUUCAAAGCCACAAGCAUUGUUACCAGCCAGUCAAAUACAGCUGCAGAUUUACUACGUUCAUGGGUAACGGAAAUGCUUACUGGACGGGUAACGAAGAUUUGAAGAAAACUUACUUUGGAAGCACUGAUUCCCAAGAGAAAAUGUGCACGUGUGGCGCAGAAAGACGUUGUGGAGGAACAGGAGACAGGCAAACUGUCUUGAACAGGUUGUGUAAUUGUGACAGCUUUGAUUCAGAAUGGAAAGCCGACGCAGGUGUAAUUUCUAUAAAAGAAGAUCUACCUAUCAGACUUCUCUUUGCUUCACAAGUUGCUAAGGCAGAGAGUAAAUUGACAAUUGGAAAAAUAUAUUGCGCUGACGAAGAAAUAAAUCUAAACGAAUGUGAAAUGGGUUUCCAUGACUGUCACGUAAAUGCUACCUGCCUGGACACCAAGACAGGCUUCGAGUGUUUGUGUAACGAAGGAUUCCUGGGCCGUGGGACAGGCAAAGUGGCAACUGGUCGAGUAUGUCCAGAUGACAAUGAAUGUCGGCUCUCUAUGUGUCCAUGGUCAUCCAGGUGUUACAAUUUACCAGGAACAUUUAAGUGUGUUUGUUAUAACGGUUUCAGACAGACGGGGCCAACAUCGUGUGAAGACAUUGACGAAUGUGCUGAAGGAACCCAUCAGUGUGACGAGAAUGCCAACUGUUUCAACACGAUUGGAAGUUAUUUCUGCAGAUGUAAGAGAAAUUUCAUCGGAGACGGUAAAGUUGGAGAUUGUCGUAAAAUCGGAAUAUGUCAAUGUUUUGGCGAUCCUCAUUGUGUAUCUUUUGAUGAGAAAUUUCUUCACUUCCAAGGCAUGUGUAAAUAUACACUGCUCAGAGACAACUGUUUAAAACUUAACGACGCGCCUAGCUUCCGCGUUGAAGCAUUGUUUUGGAAUAAAGAUAUUACUGGCCAGGAAAACAGCUGGGUCAAAGAAGUAACUGUUUUCAUAGAUGAUUUGAGGAUUGAUUUACUUCAAGGGAAAGAAGUCAGGAUAAAUGGCCUCACUACUAAACUUCCGUACCGCUAUGCCGACACAGUCUUGAUACGACCAGGCCAAAGUAAAGUGAAAUUAUUUGCUGAUUUUGGAUUGCAAGUAUCUUGGGAUGGACAGGCAUUCGUCAAGGUGCUUCUUGAGGAAAAGUUCGUCAAUUCCACGUGUGGACUCUGUGGUAAUUUCAACGACGUCGAAGAAGAUGAUUGGAAAAUGGGUAAAGGCUGUGGAGAUGAAGGAAAAAUCGCAACAAGUGCAAGAGCUUUUGGUCAGUCUUGGAUUGCUGAGAACGAUUUGGAAGACUUACCUGAAAGCACUUGUUCAAAGGAUUGUGAAAACUCCACUGAACCUAUCUGUACAGAAGAAAAGAAAGAAUUAGCAACCUUCAUGUGUGAUGAAGUAAACAAAGAAUUUCAGGAAUGUUUUGACUUAAUGGAUAAAGAGACAAGAGAACAAUUCCAAUUAGGUUGUGUGUACGAUUUGUGUUUUAUGCAUAACUACAUUAUUGACACCUUGUGUCAAUACGCGAACGCCUUGAUGGUCGAAUGUCAGGAAAAUAUGAAAGUGAAACCAGUCGUGCUGCAUGAUUUAUGCCGCAAGGAUUGUGGACCGAACCAGGAAUGGAAGAGUUGUGGAAAAUUAACAGAUGUUAAAACUUGCUUUGAACAGAAUGCGAACCAAGUAAACGAUUCAAAAGAGCAAUGUGCUGAAGGAUGCUUUUGCAAAAACGGAUUCGUCCGACAAGAAAGUGAAUGUAUACUUCCGAGCGACUGCGGUUGCGUCUACAACGAUGUAUAUUAUGCGAUCGGUGAUCAAAUUGUAAUAAGCAACUGUUCAAAGAAGGCGUUCUGUGAACAGAAUGGCACAAUCGUAUUCUCUGGUUAUACUUGCCAUGAAAACGCGUCCUGUAAAAUAGAAGACGGUGUAUAUGACUGCUUCUGCAACGAUGGAUUCUUCGGUAAUGGCACCCAAUGCUACGAGGACUUCUGCCAAAAAGAGCACAACUGUACGGAUCCUGCUGAAUGUGUAAGUGUCCAAAAUGGAUUUUACUGCCAAUGUCCCGACGGCUACAACACCAACUGCGAAUUUUGUGAAGACGUCAAUGAAUGUCUGACCAACACACAUGAUUGCGAUAAAGUCGGUCAAUGUAUCAACACCAAUGGUUCCUACGAAUGUACCUGUCCUAAAGGCUAUUACAUGAAUGAAAAUAAAUGCAAAGAUGUGGAUGAAUGUGAGAUGAAACUAGACAACUGUGGCAAUCAUUCCAGGUGUAUAAACACACCUGGCAGUUUCAAUUGCAAAUGUUGCUCUGGAUAUGAAAACACAGGUGAUACAGAAUGUACAGCUACUGGUUCCAUCACACCUGAAGAACAAGCUACCUGUUGUAUAUGCCAUGGUUACCUGUGUGGUGUUGAAGGCAAAAUAUGUGGUACCGAUGGAGUGUCAUAUGAAAACUGGGCAGACCUGAUCAUAAAAGCUUGUGAGAAACAAACCAAAAUAAAGAUGGAUUAUCACCACGAAUGCAAAAAGUCAUGCAGUGAGGUGAAAUGUCCGAAAUAUCAAGUAUGUGUUAUGGAUCAAGAAACUGGUAAACCCAAAUGUGUUUGUGAACCAUGCACAGAGGUGGAAAUUAUUAAAAAACCAGUCUGUAGUCCAGUAAAAGUCAUCUAUGAAUCCUUCUGUGACUUCAAGAAAUUCCAGUGUGCCUAUGACAUUCAACAGGUUGUGGUAGAUGCAUCGCAUUGUGAAGCUAUUGGUGAUGAUGCUGUCAGUGAAUGGUCUGAAUGGGGCAACUGUAGUGUGACAUGUGGUGAAGGAACGAGGAACAGAACAAGGGAACCUCUAAGAACGCUGAAUGUCUUUGAAGAGGCCAGUUUACCAUUAACCGCCACCUCAGUUUGUUACCUUGGUCCCUGUAAUGAUAGUGUAUGCUUUGACUUCACAUGUCCACAUAAAGCACAGAUAUGCUCUGAUGAUAAUGAAGAACCUAAAUGCAUAUGUCCCAACUGUACAAAUGUGGGGACAAGCCCUGUGUGUGCUCGUCUUUAUGUCGGAGAAUAUGCUUACAGUGAGGAGACCUUCUUGAAUCCUUGUGAAGCUCAGGCAGCAGCUUGUGAAAAUGACCAAGACUUUGAAAUUAUGAAAGAUAUGGAAUGUGAUGUACUUCCGGUGAAUUGCACCAUCAUACCUAAUAUGGUGACUGUGACAAAGGACGGCUGCACAUCAGAGAAGAAAAUAAAUGUUGGCAUGUGUUCAGGAGGGUGUGGUCUAAACACAGGCCACUGUUGCAAUGCUCUUGCAAUCGAGGAAACCAAAGUAAAUCUCGUCUGUCCUGAUGACACCUCUAAAAUUCAUACGGUGAAAACAGUGAAAAGAUGUGAUUGUGUAAAACGAAUAUUUUCCUCAGCCUAAGGUGAAUAAAAACAGUUUAAUAAAUGAGAACACUGCCAGAAGAAGUCAAACAAGAAAUCACGAAAAUAUGAGGGAUUGACAAAAAAGAAUUUUAUUUUGUUUAUUCUUAAUUCCUGUUUUAGAGAAAAUCAUUCUUUUUUCUUUUUUUUUUUGUUCCGAAUGAAAUAAAAGUAAAAUAAUUCUUUAACAAUAAUUCUAGUUAAUAGUUAAUUGUAUAAAGUUAAAUUAAUAAAAGCGGAUUAAUAAAAGUGGA